AUGGGCCAGACUCUUUCAGAGCCAGUGGUUGAGAAGACUUCCUCCGAGGGUCAGGAUGAAUGCUGUAUCUACGGUGUCUCGGCCAUGCAGGGCUGGCGAAUCAGCAUGGAGGACGCCCACGCUGCCGUGCUAGACCUCCAGGCAAAAUACACAGAGAAUACCGACAAACCGACCGAUCCCGCCAAACGACUGGCCUUCUUCGGUGUAUAUGAUGGUCAUGGUGGAGACAAGGUGGCAUUGUUUGCUGGGGAAAACGUCCACAAGAUUGUCUCGAAGCAGGACUCGUUCGCGAAAGGCGAUAUCGAACAAGCGCUGAAGGACGGCUUUUUGGCCACGGAUCGGGCGAUCUUGGAAGACCCGAAGUACGAGGAAGAAGUAUCUGGCUGCACAGCGGCAGUUAGCGUCAUCUCGAAGCAUAAGAUCUGGGUGGGCAACGCAGGUGAUUCGCGCUCGGUGUUGGGUGUCAAGGGCCGUGCAAAGCCCCUCUCGUUUGACCACAAGCCACAGAACGAAGGCGAGAAGGCUCGUAUCAGCGCUGCAGGUGGCUUCGUCGACUUUGGCCGUGUGAACGGCAACCUGGCCUUGUCUCGGGCCAUUGGUGACUUUGAGUUUAAGAAGAGCGCCGAAUUGUCGCCGGAACAGCAAAUCGUGACCGCUUACCCCGAUGUGACCGUUCACGAACUCAGCGACGACGAUGAGUUCCUCGUGAUUGCAUGCGAUGGUAUCUGGGAUUGUCAGUCUUCUCAACAAGUCAUCGAAUUUGUCCGGAGAGGUAUUGCCGCCAAGCAGGAUCUCCAUCGCAUCUGUGAGAACAUGAUGGACAACUGUCUCGCGUCGAACAGCGAAACUGGUGGUGUCGGAUGUGACAACAUGACCAUGGUGAUCGUCGGCCUCUUGAACGGCAGGACCAAGGACGAGUGGUAUAACCAGAUUGCAGAGCGGGUUGCGAAUGGGGACGGCCCUUGUGCGCCGCCCGAGUACGCUGAAUUCCGUGGCCCUCGCAAUCGGAAUCGAUUCGUGGCAAACCCGGACGACUAUGACAUGGACCUGGAACGAUCCCGUGGGUUCAGUGGUCUCCGCUCGGGCCGUAUCAUUGUCCUUGGAGAUGGAACUGAAGUGAUUCCCGAUCAAAGUGAGGAGCUGUUUGAGCAAGCCGAGGAAGAUCAGGACGAGCCCUCGACCACCGGGCAGGCGCAAAGUGAAUCCCCUGAUACCACCCGGAACGACCGCGAAGAUACCCCUGGGCCCCAAGCGAAGAAUGAAAGUGGUUCGGCCAAUAUAUCGGAAUCUCCUGCUUCCACGACGGCGAACAAUACCAGCGGGGCAGAGAAAAAGUCCUCGUAG